UUGAUAAUUCUCUACGACUCGCAUACGACUACUCUAAAACCUCUAGAGUUUAUCGAGCGCAAUAAUCAUGUCAAAAGCUGUUGGAAUCGACUUGGGCACGACCUACUCCUGCGUCGGUGUCUGGCAAAAUGAUCGUGUUGAGAUUAUCGCCAACGACCAGGGUAACCGAACAACGCCCUCAUAUGUCGCCUUCACCGAGUCAGAGCGGUUAAUCGGUGAUGCUGCGAAGAACCAGGUAGCGAUGAACCCCCACAACACUGUCUUCGACGCCAAGCGGUUAAUUGGCCGCAAGUUCGCCGACGCUGAGGUUCAGUCCGAUAUCAAGCACUUCCCCUUCAAGGUCUUCGACAAGGGUGGCAAGCCCUACAUCUCUGUGCAGUACCGUGGGGAGACUAAGGAAUUCUCACCCGAAGAGAUUUCCUCCAUGGUCCUGACGAAGAUGAAGGAGACCGCUGAGUCGUACCUCGGUACGACCGUCAAGGACGCUGUCGUCACCGUACCUGCCUACUUCAACGACUCGCAACGUCAGGCCACAAAGGAUGCCGGUGUCAUUGCUGGCUUGAACGUUCUCCGUAUCAUCAAUGAGCCCACCGCAGCCGCCAUCGCCUACGGUCUCGACAAGAAGACAGUUGGUGAGAAGAACGUUCUCAUCUUCGAUCUGGGUGGAGGAACCUUUGAUGUGUCCCUCUUGACCAUUGAGGAGGGUAUCUUCGAGGUCAAGGCUACCGCUGGUGACACUCACUUGGGUGGUGAGGACUUCGAUAACCGUCUCGUCAACCACUUCGUGCAGGAGUUCAAGCGGAAGAACAAGAAGGAUCUCUCCUCGAACCCUCGUGCUCUCCGUCGUCUACGGACGGCUUGCGAGCGUGCCAAGCGCACUCUGUCGUCCGCCACGCAGACUUCCAUCGAGAUCGACUCCCUGUACGAGGGUAUCGACUUCUACACCUCCAUCACCCGUGCACGGUUUGAGGAGCUGUGCCAGGACCUCUUCCGCAGCACACUUGACCCUGUCGAGAAGGUUCUUCGGGAUGCGAAGAUCGACAAGUCUAACGUCCACGAAAUCGUUUUGGUCGGUGGUUCGACCCGUAUCCCUCGUAUCGUCAAGCUCGUGUCGGACUUCUUCAACGGUAAGGAGCCCAACAAGAGCAUCAACCCCGACGAGGCCGUCGCAUACGGUGCUGCUGUUCAGGCUGCCAUCCUUUCGGGUGACACCUCGGAGAAGACGCAAGACCUGCUCCUCCUUGAUGUCGCUCCGUUGUCCCUGGGUAUCGAGACUGCUGGUGGUGUCAUGACUCCUCUUAUCAAGCGUAACACCACUGUGCCGACGAAGAAGUCCGAAAUCUUCUCGACAUACUCUGACAACCAGCCUGGUGUGCUUAUCCAGGUGUACGAGGGUGAGCGUGCGCGGACGAAGGAUAACAACCUGCUUGGCAAGUUCGAGCUGUCUGGCAUUCCUCCUGCACCUCGUGGUGUUCCUCAGAUCGAGGUCACCUUCGACAUCGAUGCCAACGGUAUCCUUAACGUCUCUGCCUCCGACAAGACGACCGGCAAGUCGAACCGCAUCACGAUCACCAACGACAAGGGACGGUUGUCGAAGGAGGAGAUCGAGCGUAUGGUCAGCGAGGCCGAGAAGUACAAGGCUGAGGACGAGGCGGCAGCUGCUCGUAUCACGGCCAAGAAUGCUCUCGAGUCAUACUCUUACAACUUGCGCAAUUCGUUGACCGACGAGAAGCUGGCUGACAAAUUCGAUGCCGCGGACAAGAGCAAGCUCGAGUCGGCCGUCAACGAGACGAUCUCAUGGCUCGACGCUUCACAAGAAGCAUCGAAGGAGGAGUAUGAGGAGAAGCAGAAGGAGCUCGAGGCCGUCGCCAACCCGAUCAUGCAGAAGCUGUACGCAGGUGCAGGUGCGGCGGGUGGCUUCCCUGGCGGCGCUGGAGGCUUCCCUGGCGGUGCUGCUCCUGGUGGCUUCCCCGGCGGCGCACCUGGUGGUGAGGAUGGUCCCAGCGUUGAGGAGGUCGACUAAGGGGUGUUCGUCAUUUGCUCUGCAUGAAUGUAUUGUAUUUUCGCGCUUUCCGGACAUGACCAAAAUAAUGACCGCAUGUACAAUACGCACUGAUUAAACGCACUUCAUUUCUUUUUUUCUCUGCA